CCAACAUGUACCGCCCAGCAUACUGCAAACACACUAUUCCUGGUUAGGCAAACGACCGAGCGGUUAUCGUCUAACGUCCUACGGAAGGCGGUGGAGAGAAUGGUUCGGUACAGGAAGGCAUGACGUAAUAUUACGCUUAACUUGGCCCUAGUGGGCGUCUGAGAGCCGCCAACGUGGCCUGAGAAACUGAAAGUCGUUCGGUAUUGUCACCGGCGUUACUCCAGCCAUCUUCCCCGCUUCCGCAUGGCCCCCUUCAGGUAGAUAGAUUGUCAGGUACGGAUGCGCUUAGCGGUUGGUCAUUCCUUUAUAUCCAGAGCAAAGUCACGACGAGUAAUUCCUGUCGCGCAAGAAAAGACAGCACGUGGAGCUUUGUCCUUGACAUCGAAAAGUCUCAUGCGCGCGAUCUCUGAGGGGCUGUCACAUCUACAAUGGCAACACCCGAUGUGGCUCCGCAAUUUGGAGCGGAACUAAAGGAUGCGUUCAAACCAGUCAACAAUUGGGUUUCCCACGGGGUACAAUGGCUCGACGAGAUACAACAGUUCUACCGGGAACGGAGCGCCAUCGAAAAGGAGUACGCCGCCAAGCUGACGGGUCUUUGCCGAAAAUACCAGGAUCGCAAGGCCAAGAAAAUAAGCACAUUAAGCGUCGGAGAUACUCCAACCAUGACCCCCGGCUCCCUCGAAAGCGCUUCGCUUACCACUUGGACUACCCACCUGACCGCCGUUGAAUCGCAUGCGGGAGAACGUGAUCAGUUCGCUACAGACCUCCUUGUUCAGGUUGCGGAACCUCUGAAACAAGCUGCGGCACAAUACGAGGAAAUCAGAAAGUCUCACGUCGAAUUCCAUGCGAAACUAGAAAAGGAAAGAGAUGCCGCCUACGGUGACCUCAAGAAAGCAAAGGGCAAAUACGAUGGGGUGUGCCAAGAAGUGGAGGGUAGGCGGAAAAAGAUGGAGAAUUCGUUCGAUCACAGCAAGCCCAAGGCUCAAGCUGCAUAUCAGCAGCAGAUCUUGGAGAUGAACAAUGUUAAAAAUACGUACCUCAUCAGUAUAAACGUGACGAACAAGUUGAAAGAACGGUUCUACCAUGAAUACGUCCCGGAGCUACUAGAUAGCCUGCAAAACCUCAACGAAAUGCGCGUAUCAAAGCUGAAUUCUCUAUGGUCACUUGCAGCGCAACUGGAAAAAUCUUCUCUAUCUAAGAGUAUGGAACAUAUGGCCCAUCUACUCAACGAGAUCCCACGGAAUGUCCCGCACCUCGAUUCACUUAUGUUCUUGCGCCACAAUGUCAGCCAGUCACAGGAACCGCCUAAUAUGAGCUUUGAGCCGAGCCCCGUUUGGCACGAUGACGAAGCGCUUGUCACCGAUGAGACUGCGAAGGUCUUCUUGCGCAACCUGCUCAGCAAGAGUAAAACGCAGGUUCGGGAACUGAGAGUUGAGGCCGACCAGAAACGCAGGGACGUCGAAACGUCCAAGCGGAUCCGCGACAACAUCCAACAAGGCAAAGACAACCGAAGCGAGGUCGAUAUAGUCCGAUCUAUCUUCUACCUGCAAGGCGCUUUGCAUGAAGUAGAGCGUAAGAAGCUCACUGCCGAGGUCGAAACAUCUACUAUUAUGUCAGUAGUUGGUGACCUCUCAUUGGGUGCCAAGAAUCACAACUUCAAGUCGCAAACGUUCAAAAUCCCGACCAACUGUGACCUCUGCGGGGAGCGGAUAUGGGGACUCUCGGCGAAGGGAUUUGAUUGUCGGGAUUGCGGAUAUACGUGUCACAGCAAAUGCCAAAUGAAAGUCCCCGCCGAAUGUCCUGGGGAGCAGAGUAAGGAAGAGAAGAAGAAGCUUAAAGCGGAACGGCAAGAACAGGCUAAUUCCUCUACACCACACCUCGACCUUGAGCCGACAACUACUGGUUCAUCUGCCGCGCCUUCCCUAACUCGGAAGGAUACGAUGAACUCGUUAAGUUCUGGGUACGCCGUGAGUGCCAACCGGUCGAUGUCUAACGCUGCCAGCCAGCCAGCGUUGGCUAGUCCGACCGAAUCAGCUGCUCCAGCCCCGGUGCCAGAAACGGCGGCAACUCCAGCCCCUGUGCAGGAGACCAAGCCCAAGAGAAAUAGGGUCUUAGCCCCACCCCCUGCGCAAUACGUCAAGGCUCCGCCAGUAGCUGAAUCAACGAAGCCAAGUGAACCACGCGGGAAGAUGAUCUAUCCAUUCCAAGCGGGAGGAGCCGACGAAAUAACCGUUCAAGAUGGGGAUGAUGUAACUAUUCUGGAACCGGAUGGUGAGCCUUCCCACAUGUUAAAUCGAAACGUUGAAGCCUUACUGACUUUUCAACCCUAAUUAGAUGGAUCUGGAUGGAUGCGCGUCCGCAUGGGCUCGGCUGAGGGUCUCGUCCCAGCCUCCUACGUGGAAGCGGCACCCGCGGCGUCCGCAGCCCCUGCGACUAGCUCCGGGAUGAUUGAGCGCCCGGGGUCCACUUAUUCCACCUCAUCUGCCUCCGUUGCAGGUAGUGGGGUGGGUAAGAAAGUUGGGCCGGCCGUGGCACCUCGCCGGGGCGCUAAGAAGCUGAAGUACGUCGAGGCGUUGUACGACUACGAGGCUCGCAGUGACAUGGAAUGGAGCAUGGUGGAAGGCGACCGGUUUGUGCUGGUCAACCGGGAUGGCGGUGACGGAUGGGCGGACGUGGAAAGAGGGGGCGUGACCAAGAGUGUGCCGGCCAACUACAUCCAGGAGGUAUAGUUCGAUCCAUCGGUUCAACAAUCAGCCGCAAGACCUUCGUGUUGUACAGAUGUAUAUACGCACACAGAAGGUAUCUUUUAUGUCUGUCAUUUGCAUUGGGGAGCCUGGAGCUGAGGUUUUAUUAUUUUUUUGGGGGGGUUUUAGCGGUCUGGCUAUUGUUAGUAUCCGUCUUGUUAUUGGCCGCUGCACAUCCUAGCAUAGUAUCAUGCAGCAAGCAUUCGCCUCGGCUGUAUAGAAGUUGGAAGUCCUAUUGUUGUUGUUGUUUUUCUUUUUCUUUUUUUUUUUUUUUUUUUUUUU